GAUUUUCUCUCUACCGGGCAAACUACUGGUAGUGGACCUGCGCCGCAUCCAUCAGGAAUUUACACGAGCUCUACCAGUGAAUCUGCCCUGCCGACGCAAACUAGGGGAAAUACGGCAAGUUCUCACGUGGUAAAACCGCUUGUAAGCGUUGGGUCAGCGCCACAGUCAUCAAGUACUUACGCAGGUUCUACUGAGGCAGUGACAGUGCCGACAUCAGGCGAAGAAGGUUCCACUUCAACCAAGAUGACUGCCACUGUUGGAUCUGUGCAACACCCAUCAAGCAGGUAUACAAGCUCAGCCAAGGAGUUCGUCUCAUCAACACAAGGGAUACAAACUGGAUCAACUUUCCGCGUAACCACUGCAGCCACGCCUGGUGCAAGCUCAGAUAGCGAAAUGACAGUGCUACUACGAAAUGACAGUGCCAGCGACAGUGUUGAACACGCUACAACGGGUGUUCCUGCAGUUGACCCUGCUACAAUUACCGUAUCCGCUUUACGACCUGCGCGAUUACACGAGCUCGACGAAUGUUCUUGUAUUUCUUUCUUUGGUUAA